AUGCGUCGUAACAGAGAUGUCGUCCUUCCUUGCUUGAGAGAGAUGAAGGAUAUCGCACUUAAAAAGAGACAGAAGCGAUGGAAUGAUUCGAAAAAGAUAGUCGAGUUUGAGGUGGGCGAUGUAGUCAACGUCAUGGCUCGCAACUCCGACACAACUAUUUCAGUGGCCGAUAAGAAGAGCGGAACUUACGAAGUUAACAAUGUUGACGGCUCAAGUGUUCUUAAUAUCGGAUCACAUCGAACUCCGACGACAGAAAUCAUACUUCGUCACACACGUGAAGCUACUGCACCUCUUAUGUCUUAUGAGUUCAAAAAGGAUCUUGGGAAGUACAAACAUGAGGACAUGACUUACUACACAACGGAGUUUGCAGAUGGCGCACAAUACGAUCUACCUUCAUCGGAAUUCGAUGAUCCAGACGUAUUGAAGGCUUUUGAUAAAAAGUUUUGCAAACGCCUACAUAAUAAUAAGGCAGACACAGAGGCUAUCUUACCUACAAACAACCGUCCUGAUGUAGUUAAGGUCUAUCCGCAGACAUCAUCCAUUCCAAGUUUCAAAGACCAUGGAAUGUAA